CUCAAAGCAGCUCCUCGUCUCCACCGACGCCCCUCAACUCCAAUCCCUACCCUUGGCUGAUACGCCGUCGUUUGGAGCCUCCGUUAGAAACCUCACUCUCCCUUCGCUGCAGCAACCAAUCCAUCAUCAUGUCAAGUUUCUGGGCUCCUGCAGUGGUCUGGUAUUUCUAACUUGUCAUCAGAGAUUGUUCUAUAUCUGGAACCCAUCACUUGGAUUCCUCAAACAAUUACCUGACCCAGGUUUUUCCUCAGAUAGAUAUAUCCUACGCUCUUAUGGCGCGGCCUAUUUUUGUGAUGACUACAGAGUUUUGGAAGUCUCCUGUCACUAUAGUGAUGAUGUCGGUGAGUGGGAGUAUGAGGUCGAGAUGUUCUCACUCAGAACUCACAUUUGGAAGAGGAUUGAAUCCCCUGGCUCCAAUUUUGAGCUCGAUGGACUGGGGAUUCUUUCCAACGAUGCACUUCAUUGGCUAUCCUCCGAGGAUGAAUUGGUUUGUUUUCGCUUGACAGAGGAGGAGUUCCGGACAGUGCAGCUCCCUAAUGAUGAUAGUAAUAGUUAUUUCUGCCAUAUUGGGGUGUGUGCAGGUUGCCUUUGUGUGUCGCGUUUUCCCAAGGGUGCUUGGGACUAUAUGGAAUUGUGGGUCAUGAAAGAAUAUGAGGUGAGUGACUCAUGGACUAUGCAGUUUAGGUUAGAGUUAUCUGAGCUAAAGGCCUUGAUGCCGACAGAAGUCUUGGUUUUGGAAAGUAGUAUAGUUUCCAGGAAUUGGACUGCAGGGGGGUACGAGUUGUUAAGGAUUGAUCAUAAAGAAGACAACAAGCGUUGGCGUUAUAUACUUGAGGGGCGUCAGUGUUCUUUGAUUGAAUAUGAAGAGAGUCUACUUUGGAUCAGUGGUUAUCAGUCGGUAAAAGAGACAGAGCAGGUCCCGAUACUUGAAACCGCUCACAAGGCGUCACAAAGCAGAAAUUGAAGGAAUGUUUUGCAUUCUAUUGAUCCAUGGGGUUCCGGGAUAUACGAAGGCUUCAUUCUAGUAGUGGUGUGGACCUGAUGAAAAGGUUGCACAUUUAGUUACAAUGACUUGAUGAGGUUUUGUCAAAAUUUCAGUAAGAUCUGUAGCAGCGCUAAUGUAUCUAUGUCCGAUGGCUGAGACCUCGGACGGAUUUAUAUUGUUCCAAGUCUAGCUUGACAAUGAUAAGUUGUGCCCAAGUUAUAUUCAUUUUGUUUGAUUAACGCUUUAUGUUGUGCGAAGAGAAAUGUAUGAUUGUAUUAUGUGUUGGUGUAACUGGAACU